GUACUGGCAAUUUGUCCCAUGCGGCUCGGGUUUGUUUCUUCACACUGAACUUUUGGCGGGCCUCACUAGCUUGAAUUCGAUUGGUCGUACGCGCGUCUCACACCGGGAUUCUCUCACGAUGAAUACCGAACCGGUCGCGACUUUUAAGCUUGUUCUGGUAGGCGAUGGAGGAACGGGGAAGACAACUUUCGUGAAGCGUCACAUCAGUGGCGAGUUUGAGAAGAAAUAUGUUGCUACGCUGGGCGUCGAGGUUCACCCUCUGGAUUUCCACACAACCCGUGGUAGAAUACGAUUCAACGUCUGGGAUACUGCUGGGCAGGAAAAGUUUGGGGGCUUGCGUGACGGCUAUUAUAUACAGGGCCAGUGCGCAAUUAUAAUGUUUGACGUGACCAGCCGCGUAACGUACAAAAAUGUUCCUAACUGGCACCGUGAUCUCGUUCGGGUCUGCGAAAAUAUCCCCAUUGUACUCUGUGGAAACAAGGUGGACAUUCAGGACCGAAAAGUGAAGGCGAAGUCCAUAACCUUUCACCGGAAAAAGAACCUUCAGUAUUACGAUAUUUCAGCUAAAUCAAAUUAUAACUUCGAGAAACCCUUCUUGUGGCUGGCUCGAAAGCUUGUCGGAGAUCCCAACUUGGAAUUUGUCGAGAUGCCCGCCAUGCAACCUCCAGAAUUGACCAUGGAUGCGGCCCUUGCGAAGCAGUACGAGCAAGAGCUACAAGUAAGCGCCCGCGCAUCUUG